AUGGCGAUGCGCCUCUUGUCCUGGCUGGCUUUCGGCAUCGCAUGUUAUCUUGCAAGAUCAUUCUAUGGGGUCAUCAUGGGAACAUUCAUCUUCUCCUUCGUUGGAAACUCGGUGGUUGCGCUGUGGGAGAGGCAGUCGGACUCUAUUAGGAAGUUUGCGAUUAGCCGGUUCGGCAUUAAGCUUCCUCACAUUUCCAGGCAAAUGCUGUCCGUCCUUUACAUCGUCGUCAUCAUCAACGCGAUCUUUUUUGCAACGUUCUUCACAGUGCCUCAAAUCAUCACGUCUUGGAGGUACCUGAAGCAGCUGCUCCUCUCGGACAACCCCUAUGUGGAGCUUGCAAACAGUAUCCACUCCAUCUUGGGGCCUGACGUCACCAUGCGCAUUGAAGUUCUCCUGACCUCCGUCUAUGGAGAACCCUCAAAGGCUGCUAUCCAGUCCUUAAAGCUCGCCGAGGGCUCCGCCCCGAUUCUCACCCUACAGCUGCAACAGAGCCUGAAGGGAUAUGUUCUGGCACUCUUGCCAGUUUUUAACAAAAUCCUGAGGAGCAGCAGCACAUGGCUGAUGCAAGUUCUUGUUUCGUUAUUUUUUUCUUUCAUCUGCAUAUUUGAUAAGGCACGCAUCCAACGUGGCGUGCAACGUUUGGGCCAGGAGAAGAGUAUAGUUUCAUUCGCUUACAAUGAAAUCGCUCCACGAGUGUGUUUGUUUGGCCGUCUGAUUGGGAAAAGUCUCGAGGCUCAACUUCUCAUCGCACUGUGGAACACGAUGCUCACGACUGCUGGAUUAUUGCUUUUGGAUCUGCCCGGGGCACCAUUCUUUUCCAUCCUCGUGUUUGUUUGCUCGUUUAUCCCACUUGCAGGAGUAAUUCUUUCAACAUUACCGAUGGGCAUGGUUGCCUUGUCUGAAUCCGGUGAGUUGUUUGAGGCAGCAACAGUUCAUGCCAUCGAGGCAUAUUUCUUGAAUCCUCAGAUCUACAGUUCAAAACUGAAGCUCCACCCCCUCCUAGUUUUGAUUGCACUGUAUGUGACGGAGCAUGUCUUUGGCAUUGGAGCUCUUUUCCUUGCAGUCCCGAUCACCGUGUUCGUUAUCAAGGUGUUGCUAGGAGAGGAUGACUCCCCUGAGGCUUGCUCGAGCCCCAAACCUGUUGAGCCUAGCAAGUAG